AUUGAUGGAUGUAUGUGACAUAAGUCUACUGUAUAUAUUAUAAUUAAUAAACCAACAAAAAUGGCAUCAAACUACGCUACUGAAGAUCUAGAUUCAGAUGAAAUUGUAGAAAUGUAUUGUGAAUUGUGCAAAAAGAAAGGUAAACAUCGUAUCGCUGACGGAUUUUGUGUGAAUUGUGUCAAAUAUUUUUGCAAAAAAUGCUUAUCAUAUCAUACCGAUUUUUUACCUGAUCAUGUACAUAAAGACAAGACUAAUAUGCCACAAGAUGUGUGCUUAAACCCGUGUCCUAGUCACAGCGAGGAUAUCAUCAAAUUCUACUGCUCAAGUUGCAACAUGUUUUUCUGUUCUGAAUGUAAGAAGAACGGACACAAGGAAUGUAAAAAUGUUCAUCAUUUACCCGAGCUUGUAAAAGAUCUAGAAAAAGGAACAGAAUUUUUGAACCUAAGGCAAAAUUUAGAUGUAGUUGUGGAAGAAUCACAAAAACACGUAUCUGUUCUGUCUGAGGCUAAGAAAUCAAUGGAAGCAAUGUGUAGCGUUGCAUUGUCAGAAAUAGAUUCAUUGAGGGACCAACUUAUCGAAUAUAUAAAUAGAAGUGUUGGAACAAUAAAAUCAGAUUUGAAAUCAAUAGAAAACGCAGAAAUGAAAACAAUCCAAGAUAAUUGUUCAAAACUGUCUGCAUUGAUUUCCGAGACAUCAUCCAUGAAAUCUAAGAUGGAACAGAAAGUACGGGAAUGUAAAAGAUGUGAAUUGUUCAUGGCCAUGAAAGAUAUGCAAACGAAGCAAAAAGCCCUACAGCAGAAUGUAUUGGAGGUGAAGCGGCACAAGUUGAGGGACUUUGUGUUUGAAGCAAAUAGCAGUAUCAAAUCUUUGAUGAAAAAUCAUAUUCCGUUGGGAAAUCUAGUUUUCAAACAGAAUGUAAGUACCACCUGUAUAAAAGAGGAAUCCGCACAAAUGUCAAAGCCCACUGUAGAAGUACCAGAUGUAAAUACACAGAAGUCGUUCGUUGGAAACCAAUUACAGAAACCAUUAAUUAAAGGAGAGACAUGGUACAUUAUUGAUGUCAAAUGGUUCAAACAGUGGAAAAGUUAUGUUGGUUAUGAGAGCUUGGACCACUUUAAUGUAGGCGAGGAAUCAGCUAAUCCAGGACCUAUAGACAAUACCCCUAUUUUUCAAGAAGGAACGGAUAAACUGAAAGAACACUUGAUAGAUGAUUUAGAUUAUGGACUUGUUCCUGAAGAAUGUUGGCAAAUGUUGCUGUCUUGGUAUGGACUAUUGGAAGGACAGAAACCAUUACCAAGAAAAGUGAUAGAACAAGGUACUUAUAGUAAAUCGUUGAAAGUGGAAGUUUACUUGUGGCAUCUGAAGAUUUAUGAUGACUCUAAUCCAGAUGAUGUCAUUACAAAACAUUUCAGUAGAAGUGAUACAAUCUGCAAACUUGAAGAAGUAAUGCGUAGGGAAUUUAGCAUACCCAGUGAUAAAGAAGUCCGGUUAUGGAAUAGGUUUAUGACAAACAUGUACGAACAGUUGACCAAAAAACACUAUACGUUACAGGAUGCAGGGUUAUAUCAGGGUCAAUUUAUUGUGAUAGAGCAGAAAAAUCCCGACGGAUCAUGGCCUAGAAAAAAUUAAAAAAGACUAAAUAAAAAAGUAACUUAAGUAACGUGUAUGGUUUUAAAGUUGAUAGAAAUUGUAUAACACAAUUAACAGAAUGUGGUUGAAGUACGGUUGGUUCUUAAAAAAUAAAAUGGAAUAUAGCUAAAGAAACGAUAUUCAUUACAACUAUAAAACAUCAGGUUAACAAAUGCAUUUGCACAACGUUUCUGUGCAUGCAUUUCAUAAACGACAAGAUUAUUUAAAUGCUUUAUAGAAGAAAAACUAUUUUAUUUAUUACAGUAGAGCACUGUCAGUAACAUUUUCAGGUUUCUUUUUUUAUUGAAAAAAUUGGUUAAAUAAGAAACUUUAACUUUCGUAACAUUCUUUGAUUGUUUUACUUGUACCUGUAUAUAUGCGAAUACAAUUUACUAAUUUUGUCACAUAUAUGCUAUGGUAUUUAUGUUUUAGUCUAUGCCACUGCUCAAUAUAUGCAAAGACUGAAUAAACGUUCUGUUUUGAUUAAAAUAUAAAAUAAACAUGUAACACUUGCACCUUAAUAUUGCCCGAUGCAUCUUUCAGCUCUGAAGACAUUUUGGUACAUAUAUAAUUAUAUAAGAAUUGUCGUUUUGCACUCGGAUAUUAACCAUUGUUACGAAAAAAUUUUACCAGUCUAAUUGAACUUAUUUGACAAGAUAUUUAGAACCUUUUAAUUUCAAGGUUCCUUAAAAUGUAUCAUUAUAAAUUGUGUUGUACAUGUUUUAGGUGUACAUUUCUUAAAAAUGUCAAUCCUUUUUUAAAUCUCACCUGCCAUACUUACACAAUUUAAUAUACAUGAACUAUAAUCUACCUAUCUUGUAUCAAUAGUGAAGUGAAAUAUGUGGAUAAAUACAGUCAAUACAAUUAAUCAAUAAUAACGAUAUAAUUAUAUUUGUUCUGACAAAAGCGUUAUGUCGAUCAAAUACGUUUUCGAUUUAAAUAGAUACAUGUAUAUAUGUCCACAUUUUACUUAUGUUAGCUUAGAACAUGUGUAUUUUUAUUUAUUCAUCUAUUUCAACUAUUUGUUUUGGUAAACAUUGAAUCAAAAUUCAAUACAUUUACAUUAACUGGUGUGAUUUAAAUAAUUGAAAUAUAAACAUUAAUGCAUAUCAUAUUUGUAUAGUUUGUCGUCCACUGUAUUCUGUAUGUUUACAAUUUCAUUACGAUAAUAAUGUAUUGUAUAUGUUCAUUGUUACUGUAUAUGUUCAUUGUUCGUUAUGUUGUAAAAACCUGUAGACAUAAAGGAACGCCAAGGGAAGAAAACGAAUGCCAAAAUAUGUACCAUAGAUGUAAUAUAAAACGAGUUUUAUUUAAAAAAUUCUCCAAAUAUGUCCAAAAAUUAUAACUGAAGGAAAUAAUUUGUAACACCAUAUUUCUGUUGAUGACCUUUAAUUAAACUGCGAAUUAUUGAUUCAAAAUUCCUUUUUAUCGUAACAUUUAUACUUUUAUUGCAAAACAGAGCUACAAAAUAUUUUGAAUUUAGUUCAUUGAAUAUAUAUACUAAAAAGAUCAAUUAAUCAACAUGUUGUUUUGCAUCAUUUUUCUGUAAAGUAGUAUGCACAUUGUUGUUCCACGUUUAUCACAUGUUCAUGUAUAUUGGCUAUAUGUAUGGUCAUGUUAUUUUAUGCCAAAUAAAGAUUUUGUGAUGUAUAUUUUUUUAUGGGCUUAUCAGCUUUAUUUGAUUAAACUAAAUGUCUGUGAAAUGUAGUCAACAAAAUUAUAGAUCUACAUGUAGAGAGUUGCGUGGAUAUUUUUGCCAUAUACAUAAGCUUGACAAUGUCAAGGUUUAAUUGUGACGUUUAUAGGUAAGAUCAAAAAAUGAAACUUCCAGAAACCUUUUUAGCUCACCAGGACCGAAGCUUCAGGGUGAACUAUUAGUAUCAAAGGGGGAUGCUCCGGCGUCCGUCGUCCGUCGUCAUGCGUCAACAUUAAUCCUCUUCUCUGGAACUGCUGGGCAAAUUUACUUCAAAUUUGGUCUGUUGCAUCCUUGUGACAGUCACACUUUGAUAUCAUUUCAAUUAGCUCCUUUUAGGGAUCAACAGAGCUAAAAAAAACCUUAAAACAUCUUUUCUACUGAAGUAAACCAAACAUUGUCUGUAGCAUUCUUACAUAAUCUGUUAUCAAAUUUGUUCAAAUUUAUUUCAUUGGUCCCUUUUAGGGACCUCUAGAGCUAAAUAUAGAAAACUAUUUAAACAUCUCCUUCUACUAAACUGAUUGCUGGAUGAUCACCACACUUUGUCUGUAGCAUUCUUAUGUAGUAUUUUAUCAAAUUUGCUCAUUAUUAAUUUGAUUGGCUAAAGCUAAAAAUAGAAAAAACUUAAACUCUCUUUUAUUGAAAUUUUUGAUGGAUGGAUGGAUGAUCACCAAACUUUGUCUAUAGCAUUCUUAGAGGGUUUUUAUCAAGUUUGCUCAAAUUGAAUUGUUUAGCCCCUUUUAGGACCCGAUAGAUCUGAAAAAAGAAAAAAAUCGGUUAACAUCCUCUUCUUCUGAACUAAUACUUGGAUUAUUACCAAACUUUGUUUGAUGCUCUCUUAGAUGGUUUGUUUUUCAAGUUUGCCCAAAUUAAUGUGAUUGGUUUAUUUUAAGACUUCGAGAGAUAAAAAAAGAGAAGUCGUAAAAUAGCUUUUCCAAAUAGAUUGUUUAUAAUUUUAACUUGUUCUUCUAUUCACUAUGUUUUUUUGCUAUAAAUACUUGUUAACAUGAACAUCAACUGCCACUUCAUGUAUUAUUACAGGGGUUACCGUGGGCACCAUGUUAAAAUCGCUGACUAUAAACUUUCCCCUCACCACGCCUGCUCUUUUGGAUUCUAGCCAUUAAGCUAGCAUACAUAAUGUAAGUGGUCCUACUCUUGUACUCAUUCUAUCUGAACAUAUUAUUCGGCCUAAAAAUAGUUAUGGUUUUGGUUACUCACCCUACCUAGCAAAAUAUUCUGACCCUAAUUUUUUUUUGAUGUUUUUCAAUAGCAAUUUAUAUUCCGUAUCACAUUUUCCACUCGAACAUGAAAGAAAAGAGAAAAUGAGUAAAUCUUAAUGAAAACACUUAAAAUGAUGUCAGUAUGAACAAGUUCAAUGAUUUAAAAUAAUAAUAAUAAAAAAAUAAUAAAAAAGCCUACAUACCCUACCUAUUUUAAAUGGAUCUGUUAACCUAACCACAACAUUUUUUUUGCCUUAUGAAGCACGACAGUACGGUGACACACAGGUGACAUGUGUGUGUUUUUAUUUAUCUCGUGGCCACGAGAUACUAUGUCGUGGCCACGAGUUACUAAGUCGUGGCCUCGAGAUAGCUAAGUCGUGGCCACGAGAAACUAUGUCGUGGCCAUG